GCCCAUGCCCAGCCCGAAACUCCCUCGACGGAAGUACUUCACUGCAGGGUUAACUGCCUUCCCUUCGCACGAAACCCUUCCUUCAGAUCAACCUUCGUCUCCUUCGGGCCCGUCCUUUUGUUUCCUUUCUCGUCUUUCCGUGUAAGUGUGGCGGAAGGAAAUAAUUUUUCGACUUUAAGGACUGCCUGAGAUGUCAGCACUCUUCAACUUCCAUGCCUUUUUAACAGUAGUACUGCUGGGAAUCUGCGCCUGUACUUAUUUGAAGAUGCAUUUUCCAGCGAUCCUGGAACAGAGAACGGGGUUUCGUGGUUUCUUUUGGAAGGCAGCCAGAAUAGGUGAGCGCUUGAGCCCAUGGGUGGCUGUUGGAUGCUUCACCAUGGGUGUGUCAAUCAUCUUCUUCUGAGCCACAACUUGUUGUAUUCAGAUGCAAGCUUCAUCUGUGUUUUCUUUUACUUUUUUCAUAUGGAAAAUCUAUCCAAAUUUGAUAUCAAAGGAUUUGUGGUGAGAAUACUGUUUCACCUAGUUGACAUUUUUUUUCAUCAUUCUCUGGAUUUUUUUUAUUUUUUUAUUGAUGAUGUAACAAUUCAUUGCCUAUACUCGAUCAUUAGUUGUAAAAAUUGCUGUCAUAGUAAUGGUUAUGAUAGAACAAGUAUCACGUGCCAAGGAA